UUCGCGACCGAGCGGCAAAGCCUGCCCCUCCGCUUUCAUCAGAAAACUCAACCCUUCGAUACGAACAUACCGUCUUGCCCGAUAUCUGAUAGCCCCAAAGUUUCGGUGCUUGGUCGCAGGGGUACUGCCAGAUCGCCAAAAUGGCGUCCGACGAAAUUGUGUGGAAUAUUAUCAACCAGCAGUUCUGCGCCUUCAAGCUCUCGACUACGAAGAACCAGAACUUUUGCAGAAACGAGUACAACUCGACCGGCUUCUGCAACAGACAGUCAUGCCCUCUGGCCAACUCGCGCUAUGCCACUGUCAGGUCCCACCCGACCAAGGACACCCUCUACUUGUACAUCAAGACCAUUGAGCGCGCGCACUUGCCGAGCAAGCUAUGGGAGCGCAUCAAGCUUUCACAGAACUAUGCGAAGGCUCUCGCCCAGAUCGACGAGAAGCUGAUGUACUUCCCAAAGUUCCAGAGGCAUAAGGCCAAGCAACGCCUUACUCGCCUCACUCAAGUCCAGAUCCGCAUGCGGAGGAUAGCCGCGGAAGAGGAGCGUCUCGGCGAGAAGCUGGUCCCCAAGCUGGCGCCCAAAGUCAGGCACCGCGAGGCCGCGCGUGAGCGCAAGGCAGAGGCCGCGGCCAAGCUGGAGCGGACCAUCGAGCGCGAGCUCAUCGAGCGCCUCCGUCAGGGCGCCUAUGGCGACCAACCCCUCAACGUCAGCGAGGCCAUCUGGGGCAAGGUGCUCAAGGCGAUGGAGCGCGAGGGCGACGGAGUUCGCGACAAGGACCGCGACACUGGCAUCGAGGUCGACGAGGACGGCAACCCGAUCGAGGAGGAGGACGAGGAGGACGAGGAGGAAGAGGAAGAGGAGCUCGACGGCCAGGUCGAGUACGUCAGCGACAUUGAGGAGAGCGAGGACGAGCUCGGCGACAUCGAGGACUGGCUCGGCAGCGAGGACGGCUCCGAGGAGGAGGACGAUGACGAGGACGACGAGGAGGACGACAGCGACGACAGCAAAUCGAAACGCAAGACGGCGGUGGGCGACAAGCGCAAACGCGGACGGGUCGUCCGCAUGGCGGCGAAGCGCAAGAAGGUCCAGCUGGAGAAGGAGAUUGAGGGCCCGGCAAAGGAGAAGCUCCUGGCUUUCUAAAAUGGACCGGAUCGCUCCAUCUUGGGCCGUCUAGUGCCAUUUCAUCAUGCAUGGAAAUUUGUAUCAUGUCUCUGCGCGUUUGGGGCUUGCUCUUUGUUCAUUAUGGGGUGCUGGGAGAAAUGACGGAAGCUCGAGAUACCAGAAUUGCACAUAUCCAUAGCGACGCCUUGGCGCAAGCCACCCAGGCUCUGUGCCUACCUAACCAUACCCUAGCUUGUGAUCUCAGUUGUCAGUUAUGACAGCCGAUGGGUGGCACAAGUAGAUUAUGAAUAAUGACUACGAAUAAGCCCCUGAAACUCGCACAGCCAUGGGCUCUAUGCGGUCCGUCUCCAAAUAUCUU